AAAAUGCAAGCUUUUUUGUCGAGGAUAUCGGAACGUAAUAUACAUCAACGGCACAUUCGAGAGAGCGUUCGAUGUAUGUGGUGAGUGUGUGUGCGAGUGAAGAUGAGUGUGUGAGAGGUAGUGAACUGUCAGGGAAAUGAGUUGUUUCUCUUUCUUCUUUGUGAAAUUGCCGUGGCGAUGAAACAUGAAAAUAAAGUGUACUCUUCUCAAAAAUAAUCAAACAUAAGAGUAAUCGGUUUUAUUUGAAUAAUCAACGGUCUUUAUAAGUUAAACAAAUCUAUCGAAAGCGAGAAAAAAACACAAAAAAUGAAUCGAUAGAAGCGGUAGUUGGUGAAUAAUAACAAAAAUGUUUUGUGCUGUGCACAAAAGAUAUACAAGUUUGAAGUUUCAAUAGAAAGUGAAAAAGAACCAAACACAAAGAAGAAGAAAUAUCGAAAAAUAGAAAAACACUAAAAUAACAAUAUUCCAGUGUGUGUGUCUGUGUGUACAGCAGAACCAACAACAACUGUACAAGAAAAAACUACAUGAUUGCCGUUGAUGCUGCCACCGCCGACAUCGGAAAGCGAAUGCAAGAUUAUUUUAUCUGAUAUAGCAAAAGUGCGAUGCAUAAAGAUUUUGUUAUUUUUCAUUAGAAACAAAUCCAAUUGUUUAAUAAUUCGCGAUUAUUUACAAUUUCAUUGGGCUCCUUUCAAAUUGAUGAGAAUAUCAAACUAAAAGUCAUAAAAAUGAGCAUAAUUUUGGAUGAACAAAUAUAUACACCGAAGUCAACUGUAAUCUGCGUAUACCCAAUGCACGAAUUUUAUUUCAAUCAACAUGCAAUAUUCGAGAAAUUUGGUAAACUUCGGUUUGUUGGUAUUGAAAAACGUAAUGACGUUCGAAUUGGACUGAUUGAAUUUGAAGACGAUUCGGUUGCGGAUGAGCUAAUAUCCAAAGGUUAUAUGGAAAUUGAAGACAAUAAAUGUGAAGUAAAAUCAUACGAAGAAUUCAAACGCAAAUCAAAACUAGUUUCGGAUACAGUUUUACAACUCGAUUGUGCGAUAGGCGCGUUGUUACAUCCGCCAAAACAAGAUUCAUGCAAACAUAUUUUAAAUGUGCUGAAUGACGAUUGCUUACGAGAAAUUUUCACAAAAUUACAUUUGUCGACAUUAAUGUCAGUGGCAAAUGUUUGUAUACGCUUCGAUCGUGUUGCUAAAGAAGCAUUUUCAAGCAAAUACAAAUCAAAAAAGAUCCGUAUCGGCGAUUUAACGUGGGACCGUAAGCCAACAAAAUCACAGGUCACCAAUUUUUUCAGCAAAUUCGGUUCAUCAAUUUCAUCGGUAUCGCUAGUGCACAGAAGUCCUAGCCGUUAUUCAGUGAAUAUAAAUGAAGACACGCAUCUUGAUUUGAGAAUUAUAAGCAAAUAUUGCAAUGGGCUGAAAGAAUUGGAAUUUUCUGCUUAUCACACACCUGAAUCAACAUUGAAAGAAAUUUUUUUGAAAUUGAAAACAUUAUUUGAAAGAUUGAGAACACUACGUGUAUACUUCAUUAAGAGUAGAUCGUUUUUUGAGAUAAUAUCCGCUUGUUCGAACCUUGAAGUUUUAGACGUGCAUUUUGAUCUCCAUGUGGAAUCUUUAAUUCCAUCAAACAGCACAUUGCCUAAAUUGGUUGAAGCUACUUUUAACUGCUAUGCAUGUAACAAGUUAGUUUGCGAAGCUAUACAUAAAUUUCUUGAAGUAAACUCAAAAUUGAAAGUACUACGAAUUACAAGUGCUGAUUUCGUCUCGAAUUCGGGUUAUUUAAGUGAAUUGAAAGAAUUCGAUUUUGAAGUAAAUCACCUUGAAUAUCAAUCUAUUGUGGCUACACUGAGUUCACCGAAUAUACAAAUCGAGAAUCUGAAAGUGAGCUUACAUUCCGAUUUUUACACGGAGUUGACUUACAUUCCUACAUUUGGAAAUAUUACAGAAUUUCGUAUGCGAAACCAGAUUCCUACGUUUGAUGAAAUGUGGUAUUUACUGGAACAUAUGCCAAACCUGGAGACAUUUCAUAUGAAAUAUAAUCUUCAUACGAAGAACGAAACACUUAUGACGAUCAAAUCAAUUUUACAGCAUGCAUCACAUUCAUUGUCAAAAUUGGUGUUCGAAGGAUGGCAUUUAUUUAUUAAAUCAGAUAAACGUCCACAUCUUUCGUUUCCCAUCGAUGAUGUGGAGUACUAUGAAAUUCUGAAAUCGGUUGAAGAUCGUACUAGUGGCAUCAAACUUACAAUUCAACUCUUUUUCCAUAAACUUCUUCACGAUGAAUAUGUGAAGAAUACGCAAGCAAUUUAUAUUUUGAACACAGUCCCCAAAUUUUUAACCAUUGAACAACGAGUUAGCGCGAAACAAUUUUUUUAUCCUAUUUAACAAAUUGUAUUAGUAUUAAAAAAAUGCUUAUUCAGACACGUGCAUUCAUCAAAGCAUGUGCAUUCAUUAUAUCACGUAAAUUACGUUAAAUAAGUGUAACGACGAAUAAGUGUGAUGAUAUUCAUGCAGUCUGUCCGUGAAUCGACCAACAAUAAUAUAUGCAUUUUGUUCUAAAUUUAAAAUGAUGAGUUCUCGAUUCUAAAAUAGUACGUGACUUUUGCAAAAGUUAUUUAUGAUCUUGAUUCUUUGUUAGUUUAUCAGUUUGUCAGUUGAUCACGAUUCCAUUUACAUUGUUCUUGAAUUUCGCUUACUCAGUUUUAUAGUUGCAUUUCAGUUUCAAUUAUUGUCACGUUUGUUUCAUAUAUAUAUAGAGCUUUUCAAAUAUGCUAAAAUCAGUUCAGUUUCUGGAGCUAACAUAUGCACUUCAAGCAUUUUUCAAAGGUGUCAACUGUGAACAUUAAAAUAUGAAGUCUCUCUUCAUUCUGAGUUUUAUUCUCAGUUGCUCCGCAAGCAACUUCUUAAUCUACGAUUUGCCAGCCGACCAUUUUGAUGUGGCUUACGGUACGGAUCGUCCAAGUAGUGAAUUCGGUCACUUCCAUGCGUAUGUGGAAGUCCGAACUGAAAGAACCCAAAGAGAUGAUGAGUUUUGGGUAAAAACUCAACUAGGUAAUUUGCGACCAGGACAAAUCCGUCAGAAUUUUAUACAGCCACAUGGAACAUACUAUUUUGAUGAAAAUGAAAAUGCUCAAACUUCAGCCGCCUGGUAUAAAGUUAACAUGUGGUUACCCCAUGGAUGGAGGAACAACUACUGUCAAAUUAACUUCCCUGAGAUUGAGAGAAAAAGAGUCCCAGAGGGUCUUUUAACGGAUGAAGAUCCAUAUCAGUGAGAUCAACGAACCAUCGCUUUGCAAAAUCCAUUAUUUAAUUCAAAAUUCAAUAAAAUCACAUUGUUCUGUAUUUUUUUUUUUCUUUGAAUACCAUUCUCAAUGGCAAUGCCCAAUGCAGAAAAUUAUGCUAGGAUUAGGUUAUUCCGACGAAAUGUCGCUCAAUUGAUGGAUUCCAUUUUGAUUGUAAUUUUAUGCAUUAUGAAAUUUACGAACAGUCAAUUUCUGAAUGGAAAAUCUGGAAUUCAGCAAUUUUCAAAACAAAAAUGAAUAAAUGGAUUCGAUGUUUCUUCUA